UCAUUUAUAUUAGCUGGUAAAAUUUCAACAGCAGUUUUCUUCAAUUAAAAAAUGAAACAAUCACCGUGAAAACAUGAACGUAAAAAUUUACCUAUCGUCGAAGCUGAUCGAACAAUGCACCUUCUGCCAGCUGUACGGAUUGAUCGAGGUCCAGCGAGAUGAGAUCCGUUUCGUGGUGCUUGACAACAAACUUCUGCACGGUACCUAUCUGAUAGGGGAAAUCAGCAGCAACGAGGUCGAAUAUCGGCGGCAGUUAUACGAUGAUACCGACCCGGCGGCGACGAUAACCCGCCAACCGGACAUCCUGCAGACGGAGCAAAACUUCCUGAGGCUAUCGAUUUCCGAGAAGGGCAAAAUCCGGCAUGUCAUUACCAAAGUUAAGGGCGUCACGAUCGAAACGCUCAAUAAAGUUCUCAUAAUUUACGAUACCCUCGGGUUCGCGAAUUUGGCCGAAAAUCAGCUGAACGAGGAUGAACAGGACAGUGACCUGCUGCAUCUGGCUAGUUUGAUAAAAUCCUCUAAGCCGCCACAAAACGUUCCACUCAAGCAACUGUUUCGGGGCGUCUUGGAUAGUGGGACCGGUCAAAUGUUCAAAUUUAUAGGGGAACCGAUACGAUUGCUGCUAGGGUUGAUUUUCCGUAAGACCGCACUGUUUUAUCACUUCUCGGAAUGGAAUUCCAGCAUCCAAAUUAAAGGAUACGAAGGUGCGAAAUGGUCCCUUCUUUUCGAUAUUGGCUUCGGAGUGGCCAUUUUUUCUUUAGUAUUAUGGUUCGGUAAUCAGGAGCUUAUUUCAUGGAGUACGCUGAGCUGGUCGUGCACUAUUUGCGGGAGCUUCUGCAACUCUUCGAGGAAGCCCGAUUGGACUGAAACUGAACGCCCCGCUGAACGAUUCUUCCUGAACUGCUUCCUGUACCACGUGGAGCUCUGGUGGACGUUCCUCAUCAUUGUGUCGCCCGCCAUACGGUUCCUGUUCAUUCCACUGUCGAUCCUGGGUUUGCUAGGAUUGUCCUUCCAGCUAGCGAUGCUCUCGGAUUUGAUCAUUCUGAUAAGCUUACACGCACACUGCUUCUACAUCUACGCAGCUGUUCUCUACCGGAUAGAGGUCGGUGGUCUUCUUGCUCUCUACCGGAUAGUGCUCGGUAAGAAGAAGAACGUCCUGAGGGACCGGGUGGAAUCGCACGAGUACAUGAAUCGGCAGCUUUUCCUGGCUACCCUCACCUUCGCGGUUUUGCUGUUCCUACUGCCAACGAUUCUCGUCUACUAUGUAGUAUUUGCCACUCUUCGUUUCGCAAUAUUCUGUGCCUCGUUCCUGCUCAUGACGGUAAGGCGAAUCAUAUUACGGUUUCCCUUCGAUGGAAUGAUCCGUUGGAUUCAGGGGGUCUACACCAAUUUGGAAAGUUUGGAGAUCUACAACAUAGGGUCCUAUGCAAAAGAAAACAUCACCAUAAUUUAUAUCGCGCCCAGAUCCAGUAGUUUUUGGGGUAGUCUAUCGGUGACUGGCGGCAGUAAACUGAGUCAGAAAAAUGGUCUCAACGGAACGAUUUCAAUUGGAAAAUUCUUCGGCAGUUUAGUGCGGGGAGAAAUGGUCCCGUUUAUACAACCAGACGAAAGCUUGCAUCGUUUGAAGGAAGAGAAGAUUGACUGAUGAAUGCGACGACGGAAAUAAACAUGUCCUUAUUUUGAA